AUGGCCUCCGCCGAUCCCCGCCCGCCGUCACCCGCUGUGGCCGUCGCCGUGGCCGUCCGCCCCGGGGUGGCGCUACCGCCUUGGACUGCUCCUCGCCCACCUGGUGGAUUUUUGGCUGAUUCGGGUUAUACGUUGCCACGGCUUGACGCGGGGUUUUUUCUGCGCUGUGUGGUGUGGUGCGGUGGUGGCCGUGAAGCCGGGGAGAAGGUGCCGGCGGCGCGGGUGGCGCGGGAGGCGGCGGAGGCGUACGCGCGCGACCGCCACGCUCUCGCCCAGGAGGCGCUUCGCCCCUUCCGCCGUAUCUUCGCCGCCGCCGCUGCCGCGGCGAAUGCGAUGGUGGAGACGGUGGUGCUGGAGGGCGACGGUGUGGCGGAGGCGCUGGUGCGGUACGCGGCGGACUCCGGCGUACGGAGCCUGGUGCUCGGCUCCGCCUCAUUAGGGUGGUUCAGAAGGGCAAUGAAUAUCCCAGAUGUUGCCACUGCUGUCCUGAAAACAACAGAAAUUUCAUGCAAUGUGUUUGUUGUGUCCAAACGAAGACUGACCCUGAAAGUGAUAAGGCAUCCUCAAACGAGCAAGUCUGGUACAGGCUUGAGAAUUCAGUCAGUUAGUCAGAAAGCAUUUGCAAAAUCAUACAGAAGUUUGUUAUUCGACAACUUUCCUGAGGAGCACAGACACUCGGAUUCUUGCUGCCAGUCCCGUAUUUCUCAUCGUGGUCCUACUAAUGCUCGUCAAAGUUCUGAAAGUCAUGGGAACAUCACUCUGAAAAGUUUACUUGCGAAGACAGCAGGAAUAGAAGGAUAUAAAAACCAUGGUUUUCAAAGCCCCUUCAAGGAAGCACAUCGCGCUGACUCUAACUCAAGUGAAGAGUGUCAAUCCAUAGAUGAAGUAGCAAAGCUGAGGAAGGAAUUGCAGGAUACCUUAGUGAUGUAUGACAAAGCUUGUGAAGAUCUUGUCCAUGCUAAGAAAAAGAUUCAGGUACUUUCCAACGAGCGUUCUGAAGAGGCAAGGAAGGUUGAGCAUGCACUACAGGAGGAAGCGCUGAAGCAAGUAGUAGCAGAUGAGGAGGCAAAGCAUUUGGAGGCCAUUGAAGAAGUUGAGCAAGCAAAGAAAUCAUUCACCCGAGAGGCCUACUCCAGAAAAAAGGCAGAAAUGGUAGCGAGCAUGGUCUCCGUCGAUAAGGCAAAAGUCGUUGAUGCCAUUUUGUCAACAAGCAAGAAUUGCAGGCGGUACAAAAAACAUGAAAUAGAGCUUGCCACUGAUAACUUCUCUGAAUCAAGGAAGAUUGGUGAGGGAGGCUAUGGGAAUGUGUAUAGGGGCACCCUUGAUCAUACUGAAGUUGCUGUCAAGGUCAUUCAGCAAGAUUCCAUCGACAAGACCGAUGAGUUCCUGAGGGAGGUUGACAUUCUGAGCCAGCUUCAGCAUCCCAACCUGGUUUUGUUGCUUGGUUUCUGUCCUGAAAUCGGCUGUCUUGUAUACGAAUACCUGCAGAAUGGGAGCCUCGAAGAUCAACUUCUUAACAACAAAGGGCGCCAACCAUUGCAUUGGUUCCUAAGGUUCAAAAUCAUCAUUGAUGUGUCACGUGGGCUUUUGUUCUUGCAUGGAAGAAAACCAGAGCCAAUAGUCCACCGUGACCUCAAACCUGCAAACAUCCUACUGGACAAGAAUUAUGUGGGUAAAAUCGGCGAUGUCGGCUUCGCGAAGCUCAUAUCAGAUCUUGUGCCUGAGUGGCAAACGGAGUACAAAGAGACCAUCAUUGCAGGCACAUUGUACUACAUGGAUCCUGAGUACCAGCAAACCGGGACGGUUCGUCCGAAAUCGGACCUGUUUGCUCUGGGGGUCAUCAUUCUUCAGAUGCUAACCGGCAAACGCCCAAAUGGGCUCAUUGUCAGCACAGAAAACGCCAUCAGAAACGGGACGCUGGCUGACAUUCUUGACAAAUCACAAACUGAUUGGCCGCUUGCUGAGGCAGAAAUGCUGGCAAGGCUUGGUUUGAGAUGCACGGCCCUAAAAUGCAGAGCGAGGCCUGGGCUUGAGACAGAGGUUCUCCCAAAGCUCCAGGAAAUUCUGAAUAGGAUUACUUCUUCUACUGUCAAUGUAAGAAGUCCAAAGCUAAAUGUGCCGAGCCACUUCAUCUGCCCUAUAAUGCUGGAGGUAAUGAAUGAUCCUUAUGUCGCUGCUGAUGGACACACGUAUGAGCAACAAGCAAUCAAAGCUUGGCUCAAGAAACACAAAGUAUCCCCGGUCACGCGGCGAGUUCUACCAGAUUCUUCGGUAAUCCCAAACCAUUCGUUGCGAGCUGCGAUACAGCAGUGGAUGUCACAGUCAGCUCAUGCAAAGGCAUGAGAUGGGCGUUGAGUUUGUUUCAAUUUAUGAUCCUUUUUUUUUCCAUUCUUUGAGCCCUUUAACCUGUAUAAAUUUGAGUGGAAUUAGGCCUUUUGGGACGAGAGGUGUUACCCUGUAAAUAAAUGUGUCAAUCUAUUAAAAUUGUGCAAAUAUGAUCUAUUCUUUGGAAUAUGAGCAUCAAUGCCUUUGGCUUU